UGUGCAGCCCUUAACACCAGCGGAGUUAGCAGCAGAAUAGCCUUCCCAGGCAGUGUUGCAUACGAAGAGUCCAUCCGUUCCUACUACUCCCUCAAUGCCCGGCUACACCCUACCUGCAUUGUUCAACCUCUCUCAGCGCAGGACGUCUCUGUUGCUGUUCGAAUACUAACCACUUCGCAUGUUGGGCCCUGUUUCUUCGCCGUCCGUAGUGGCGGCCAUACGCCAACUCCCGGCGCCGCAAAUAUCGAGCCUGGAGUUACUAUUGAUCUCUCGUUGAUGAAUCAUACUACUUAUGACCCCAGCACAGGCACUGCUUCAUUUCAAGCCGGAGCCCUCUGGGACUCAGUGUACGAGACUUUGCUAGAAAGUCACGUUACAGUCGCGGGUGGCCGUGUAGGGCCCAUCGGCGUCGGGGGCUUUCUGACCGGCGGAGGGCUUUCGUUCUACAAUGCGCGUGUUGGUCUCAGCUGUGACAAUGUCCAAGGCUUCGAGGUGGUCUUGGCGAGCAGCGAGAUCGUCUAUGCUAAUCGGCACUCACAUCCCGACCUUUUCAAGGCCCUGAAGGGGGGCUCCAAUAACUUUGGUAUCGUGACUACGUUUCAUAUGGAAACCCUGCCUGCGGAAGAUCUGUGGGGUGGCGCUCUUGUCUAUAAUAUCUCUCGCGCUCCGGAGUACAUCGCUGCGGCGACAAAUUUCACCGAUAAUAUCGCCACCGACCCGUAUGGUGCAUGGUAUGGCAUCUUCAGCUACAGUGCCACCACAGACCGAACCGAUAUUGUCGCUAGGUUGGCUUACGCAAGACCCGUGAUGCGGCCUGCAGUGUUUCAGAGACUCUAUCAGAUUCCUAACAUCACGGAUUCGACCCGGAUCUCGACGAUUGUAGACCAGACCAAAUAUACUUAUACAUCUUACCGCGUCGACGGUCAAACAAGCACUUAUCUCAACAGAGCAGACGUUAUCCAUCAAGCUGUCGAGAUCCUCUCAAAGCGGAUCCGGAGGGCAAAAUCUCGAGCCCGCAGCAAGGACUUUAAAAUUAUCUUAGUGAUGCAGCCCUGGGUUCCUCUUUUCUGGAAGGACAGCGAGGCGCGAGGAGGGAACGUGCUUGGAUUGGUACGAUUUAACGAAAAUAUGCUCAAUAUCAUCAUUAGUUAUGCCUGGAGCGACGAGGCGGAUGACAGCCUGUUUCAUCAUCUCGCUAAAUCUGGACGGGCGAAGCUAGACACGUACGCCUGGUUGACAGAUGCAUAUAACGAAUACAUAUAUCUUAACUAUGCCGGAGGCACCCAGGACCCAGUGCGUGGGUAUGGACCGGACAAUGUGAGAUUCAUGCAGCAGGUGGCCAGGAAGUAUGAUCCCGAGGGAGUCUUUCAGCAUCUGGUCCCGGGCGGCUUCAAGCUCCCCCGAACUCAUGGGCUUAAUUGA